AUGCCUCACUGGCAAAUAUUCCAUGGCCCUGACGCAUUCCAGGAUGAUGCUCACAAGCAAGCCCUGGCCCGGGCAAUCACCGCUCACUAUGCGAGAGUGAUGCCAGCAUUCUAUGUGGUCGUCAACUUCAUCCAGGUGCCUCACUCAUCGCACUUCGUCGGCGGCGAGCAAGCCUCUGCUCGUGGGAAGCCGUUCGCUAGGAUCGCGAUAGCACACAUACACAUCAACUUGCCCCAGGACAAGAACGUCUACAAGUCACUCACCGAUAAAAUCGACAAGUUGCUAAAGCCGCACAUCGACGAUAAGGGGUACGACUGGGAGUAUCACAUCGACGAGACUGAGAGGCUCUUGUGGAAGAUUAACGGCCAGGCUCCUCCAGAGUGGAAGAGCGAGGAUGAGAAGGUGUGGAUGAGCAAGAACUAUCCGGUGCCUCCUGGUGAGAUGGCGCAGGCGAGGCGGAGUCUGUCGAAUCUGUAG